CAGACGUCACAUCCAUCUGCUCCCACCACUGCAGCCUCUGCUCUCCCUACGCCAAGAGAGGUAUCUAUGGUCACUAUGGCUGCAAAGGACGCCAGUUGACAAAUACUGGUGUACAUGAACGAUUUCAGACAUUAACGACUCAUAGCAACAGUAAAUAUGUAUCACAAAGAAAAGAGCAUUCAAAUCAAGAGCAGCGCGUCUGCGCUCUACAACAACCUCAGCGUGCUGCGCAUCGCACCCCGCUCUCUCACUUACUUCGCGGUGGUGCACGCCAACGUGGUUAACAUGGUCAGCGCGUCCUGGGACAGUCUCAACUACUCGCAUCGUCAGCUACAGUCUAAAGAAGGCACCGUCGCCACCAGCUCCUCCCUCAUCAUGCAGGCGGCAUGGUGCGUGCUCCCGUCCCGUGACCUCCUUGUGCUCACCUCCCAGCGAGGGAUACAGAUGUACGAGUCUGACGGAUCCAUAAUGGUGUACUGGCAUGCGUUGGAAUCUCCUGAAACGCCAACAGCCCAGGCAGUUUUUGCGCGGGGCAUUGCGGCGGUCAGGGAGAAUUACAUCUGUGUUGGCACUUCGACCGGCUCUGUGUUGGUGUUUGAUGUCCCCAGCAAAGGCAGCAACAUCACCCUGUCUGAAGUUCUUGAGGAGCACAAAGAAUCCAUCACAGACAUGGCGUCUGAGUGCUCCGGCAGCCUGGACUGCAUAGCUGAUUUGGUCAGCGCGGAUGAUUCAGGGCUUCUCUGUGUGUGGAAGUCAGGUGAAGAUUUCCAGCUGCUCAAUAAGAUUCCAGGUUUCGAUAUGUGCUGCUCCUCCGUGAAGCUGUGGAAAGGCACAGUGGUGGCGGGGUAUGGCACGGGACAGAUCCGUCUCUAUGAGGCCAUCACUGGGAUCCUCCACGCGGAGGUCAACGCACACGCCCGCUGGAUAUACUCACUGGACAUCGCCCCCUUCACUGGACUGCUCCUGUCCGCAGCUGAGGACUCUCUCGUGAGAGUGUGGCACCUGACCAUGACUCCUGAGACCAACAAUGUAGAGAUCGAGCACAUGUACAACGAGUGUGUGACAGACACCCAGAUCUGCGGGGCCAAGUUCUGUGACGGGGACGGCUAUGCUUUUGCAGUCACUGGCUAUGACCUCACUGAGAUCAUCCGCUACACACAGGGCUAGAGAGGCACACGGAUGCAAAAAGGUUUCUAUAUCUGAGAACAUACACACACCCACACAUGCACACACACACACUCACACAAAGUUCAGGCAAGUGGAGUUGUCCAGGCAGUGGGAAAACAAUAGUGUCGAUCAAUAAGGACAUGCCUUAUUAGCAUUCAUGUUUUUUAUGCUUCAAUUUGCAAGCAAUUCAUCAUUCUUUUCUAGAAAUCUGAAGGUGAUUCAAAUUGGUUGAAACACUGGAUAAACAGCACCCUGACAAUCAAACAUUUAUCCACAUUUAUCACAAUUUAUACUUUUUUUUUUGUUUAAAGAUUUAUUUUUGGGCUUUUUGCCUUUAAUUGGAUAGGACAGUGAAGAUAGACAGGAAGUGAACUGGAGAGAGAUUGGGGGUGGGAUUGGGAAAUGACCGCGAGUCGGACUCGAACCCGGGUCCCCAUGGGCGUUCAGGCCCAUCCAUGGUACGGGGCUGCUGCUUGCGCCACAGCUCUCGACUUUGAUGAGUUGUUUUACAGCAUACAGGGGAAAACAGCAUUCAGAAGCAAGUGUAUGGAUUUUCUUUUUCCUUUUGCCUUCUGAUCGCUGUGUUUUUUCCUCCUCUGAGAUGGGCAGGAACACUUCCAGUUUGCUACAGAUUGCUUCGGUGGCCCAGCGUGAGCCCUCACCUGAUUAAUAUUGUUGAAUGCCACGUGUUGUAGGUCAUAGGCCGAGCUUGUCUCACAUGUGCCACACGGCUAGUUAUGAGGCUAAAAGACUCCAGCGUCGUCGUCUGUAGAGAAUGGGAAAGGUCAGAGUGUUCAUUCCCUGUAAUAACUGUGAAAGGUCAGAGGAUUUAAAGUGUGAUGUAAAUGUAUCAACAUAGAACAUUCAGUGGUUUACAUAUUCAACCUCCAGGUCCCUGUGUGGCUCAGAUAGCCAUGGGAAAGAGGAAUAUUUAUUAGCAGCUACACAAGAUUUGUCUGAAUUUCAUUGUAAACAAAAGAAAUACACAGAAGAGGACUGAAUCUCUGUACUAUGUACUUUAGACCAAAUGUGUUUUAUGGAACAUGUUGUGGGUGUAUAUGUUAAGUACUGUCACUUGUGCAUUCCAGCACUGAAUGUUUCCUUAGUUUUCAGAGACCAAUGACGUUUUACACAGAUUAUUAUGAAUAUGUUUGCAUACUCUAAUAAAAGAAUGUUACUGCA